GCCGCAGUUCCAGUGGGGAAAAGGAUCCGAAGCGGAGCGAGGUGGAGCGUCUUGGCGCGGAGGCUCGUCCGUCUGUCUCUUUCCCUCCCUGGUGGCGUGUUUUGCUGGCAGCGCCCGCCCGUGUUUCCGUUUACCAUGCGAGACUUCGGCGUGCACUGAUUUCUCUGGGGGGAGCCGCGAGUGCCAAGCCAGGUUUCCGAGCGCCGUUGGCUCCUCUCUGGUCUUCAAUGUUGGCUCCUCGUCCUUCGUAGGAAUACCUGGGCAACUUUAUUGCCAGAGUCCUUCUCUUAGAGGUGGCCAGUCAGAUGUCCAUGAGAAACCUGCAAGCAGAACCGGAGCGCAACAGCACUCUCCCCACCUGAGAUUCCCAGCAACUGGCAUUCAGAGAUAUACUAUUGAAUCACAUGCCAUAUUACAUAGGCCUUAAUUGAUGAACUGCAACUGAAUAGCCUGACACUUCCCCACUGGCGUCUUUUAGAAAUGGAGCAAAAAGUUGGCAACCUUACAUUUGGCUUCCAGCAAAGCUCAACAUCCGAUGAUGACUCUGGAUGUGCUCUAGAAGAAUAUGCCUGGGUCCCUCCAGGUCUUAGACCUGAGCAGGUACAGCUAUACUUCGCUUGUUUGUCAGAGGAGAAGAUCCCUUAUGUUAACAGUCCUGGAGAGAAACACCGAAUUAAACAGCUUCUCUAUCAGCUACCACCGCAUGAUAAUGAGGUGAGAUACUGCCAGUCUUUAAGUGAAGAAGAAAAGAAGGAACUUCAGAUAUUCAGUUCACAACGAAAGAAGGAAGCACUGGGACGAGGAACAGUUAAAUUACUCUCAAGGGCAGCAAUGCAUACACUUUGUGAGCAGUGUGGUACAAAGAUAAAUGGAGGUGAAGUUGCAGUGUUUGCCUCAAGAGCUGGGCCUGGAGUGUGCUGGCAUCCAUCCUGUUUUGUGUGUUUUACAUGUAAAGAACUCCUUGUUGACUUAAUCUAUUUCUACCAAGAUGGAAAAAUUCAUUGUGGAAGACAUCAUGCUGAACUACUCAAGCCACGGUGUUCCGCAUGUGAUGAGAUUAUUUUUGCUGAUGAAUGCACAGAAGCAGAAGGUCGCCACUGGCACAUGAAACACUUUUGCUGCCUUGAGUGUGAAACCAUCCUUGGAGGACAGAGGUAUAUUAUGAAGGAUGGACGUCCAUUCUGCUGCGGCUGUUUUGAGUCCCUUUAUGCGGAAUAUUGUGAGACUUGUGGAGAACACAUAGGGGUUGAUCAUGCUCAGAUGACUUACGAUGGACAACACUGGCAUGCCACAGAAGCUUGCUUUUCUUGCACUCAUUGCAAAGUUUCUUUACUUGGCUGUCCUUUCCUUCCCAAGCAAGGACAGAUUUAUUGUUCCAAGUCAUGCAGCCUAGGAGAGGAUGUUCAUGCCUCUGAUUCUUCUGACUCUGCUUUCCAGUCUGCCCGUUCAAGAGACUCUAGGAAAAGUGUUCGUAUGGGGAAAAGUAGCCGGUCGGCUGAUCAAUGCAGGCAGUCUCUCCUCUUGUCUCCAGCACUGAACUACAAAUUCCCUGGCCUUUCUAGCACUGCUGAUGAUACACUUUCACGGAAACUGGAUGACUUAAGCCUUUCAAGGCAAGGAGUAGGCUUUGUUGAUGAAGAACUCUGGAAAGGAAGGAGAGAGGAAAUGCCUGAUGAUCCAGAAGAGUGGGCUGAGCACGAGGACUACAUGACUCAGCUGCUCCUAAAGUUUGGUGAUAAAGGCCUCUUGCAGGAACCAGUGGACACAGAUGUUAGAGCAAAUGAGCAGUGGAUUUGUGAGAGCAUAGUUAAAGGGAGAUCAGAGUUGAAGAAAAAUAAUCAAAGCCUAGCAAGUAAGAAAUACCAGUCAGAUAUGUAUUGGGCACAGUCCCAAGAUGGCCUAGGUGAUUCUGCCUAUGGUAGCCACCCAGGGCCUGCCAGCAGCAGGAAAAUCCAAGAGUUGGACAUGGAACACAGCGCAACUAGAUACAAACUUGACCAAAAACAAUGGUAUGAUGAUUCAUUGGAGCGAUUGUCAAACCUGAAACAAGAGCAGUGUGCGCGGGAUUCAAUGGAUUCCCUGGCUUUAUCCAAUAUUACAGGUGCUUCAGUUGAUGGAGAAGUCAAACCAAGACCUUCUUUGUAUUCCUUACAAACCUAUCCGGAGUUGGAGGUAGAGGAUUGUGAAAAAAUGAGCAACAUGGGUACUCUGAAUUCCUCAAUGCUUCAUAGGAGCACAGAGUCUCUAAAAAGUUUAAGUUCUGAAUUAUGUCAAGGUAAGACACCAACAGAAGAAAAGCCAGUGCACAUGCCGGUAUUGAGAAGAUCCAAAUCACAGACUAGACCACAGCAAGUUAAGUUUUCAGAUGAUGUAAUUGAUAAUGGAAAUUAUGAGAAUCUUGAAAUUCGUCAACCUCCUAUGAGUGAAAGGACUCGCAGGCGUGCUUAUCAGUUUGAAGACCCAGGGAAAAGACAGCAACAUCGUCGCAGAAGGAGUAGAAAGUCUCGCUCUGAUAAUGCACUUCACUUGGUUGCUGAGAGAAAAUCUUCAUCAAAGGAGAGACUUAAUUUUUAUUCUCAGGAUUAUGACAAGUUUAUUCAGAAUAACAGUCAUGCAGCUCGAGCAUACACUCCAAACCCAUACAACCAAUAUACUCAUAUUGCUUCUGACUACCCAAUGAGGAACCAGAGGGACCAGUUUUUUGGAUUUUUUGGAGAGGAGGAAGACUCUUGGUGUUCAUCUUCAUCGUCGUCAUCUGAUUCUGAAGAGGAAGGAUACUUUUUAGGACAGCCCAUUCCGCAGCCCCGACCAGUUAGAUAUCCUUACUAUACAGAUAUCCUUUCUAGCCCAACUGCUGAACUCCCCAGUUCUCAGUUUGGACAGAGGGCAACAAAAAAGAGAAAACCACCCAAAGGCAAAAACUGUAUAAUUUCUUAAGUUUUAUUAAUUAUGAACACUGUUUCUUUACUGUUUUUUCAAAUGUCAUGUAGAAAAAUGGUUAAAAUAACUUGUAUAAGCCUGUAUUAUGGGCCGUCUUUGUCCAUGCUCCUCACCAAGGCCAUGCAGUCAGUGAUCAACUGAAGUAGAAGUGGGUGGGUGCAAGAAGAACAAACCGAAAAUGAGUUUAUAAUGCUGCUCAGAGAUGGGUUUAAAAGGGCCUUACCAGCAAGAAUGUCAGUCAGUUUUAUAUGGUUUUAGACCUUGCCUGCUACUGCUAUUACCUACUUAAGACACAAUGUCUCAAUUAUAGUAUGCAGCCCUGUUCAUCCUAUCUUUAUUACUGUAGCCUAUCCAUUUUGAUGCCAAACAAGAAUGCUGUUUCUGUACUGGGCAAUGAAAGUGUGUAAGGCAGGGAUUUCCAAAAUGUAGUCAGUGGACCACAAGCUUCAUUCAGGUGGUCUGCGCAUGUCUGUAAAAAUACAAUUAAAAAACAUACAUCUAGCAUAGCUGUAACAGGCAGAAAAAUUAAGUGGCCAGCCAACACUUAGCAAUUUUGAAGUAGUCUGUGGGGGAAAAAAUGGGAACCAGUGGUUUAAUGCAUAUCAAGUUGACUAUUCCACUUGAUGUGUGUUGCAUCAAGUAAUCCUUGCUCAGGUAAAUUAUUUUAAAUAUAAAAUGUUCUUUGCCCUUUAAGAUACAGUGUAAGCUACAGCCCCUAAUUAUGAAGCUAAUUGCAUUAAGUCAGUGAGCCUGCUUAUAUUAAACCUUUGUGAAAAUAAAUCUGUGAAUCAUGUAUAUUUGAAAUAUUACCCCAAGUUCCAAAUGUAGCAUAUGAGCAAAGUUAAAGACAACUAAUAUUUAUAAUGUAUUUCAUAGUUAAAACAGUACUUGUAACUUAACAGUGCAAAUAAUGUACAUAUUGUAAAGUUAAGAUUUAACAUACUAUUUUUAUAUCCCUGAAUUGCAAGGCAUUUGUUUAAAAUAGCCGUAGUUUUAUUUGAGGGAUUAACAUCACUUUGAAUCAGGCAGGAGUUUGUUAAAUGUUCAUAAGUUUAUAGUAGCGAAAUGUUUAAUUUUUGGUCAGAAAAGCUCUGUUUGCAUGGUAGAGCUAUGUAAAUACUGUUAAGCUAUGGUACUUAAUAUUAAAGGAAUUAUUUAUGGGUCAAAACAAGUCUAAGUGUAAAAACCACACGCAUAUUACAACAAAACAUACACUAUUUGAUCUUACUGUUGCCAUAUAACAGACUUUAAUCUUAACACCAGGCUUUCAAAUUAAUACCGAGCAUCUCCAUUGUGAAAAGGCGAGUUGUGUAUCAUACUUAAUAUGGAAGUAACAGCAUCUGAAAAUUAAAUCAGGUAUAUAAAAGUGACAAAAGUCUGAUAGCUGGACUACAAAGACCCAUUUUCUGCCACAGGUUCUAAUCAGGCUGGCCAUAGGCAUGGGUAAACAUGUCCCUUAUAUUGUCAAAAGAAACUCAGAGGAGCCACAUGCAAAUGCAGGUAAAGCUAUGAAGGCCUUAUGACAAUUUUUUAUCUCUUUUUCUAAGAUUCUCCCAGGGAUGGAAUUUGCCCUGACAGCUUUUGCAGUGUGUUUUCUGUUUAUCUACCAGAACUCGAACCUCUCCUGGUUAGACAUUAGCUUGUCAGAUCUCUUUAGCAUAUGAUGUUCCUCCUACUUAUACUGAACCAGUUGCCAUUUUUAUACACUUUUGGGUUUCCUAAAA